AUGAUGAAUGAGAAAGAUAAAAUGGAACAGGAAAUAUCUGACCUGACACUUGUAAACAAAGAGCUGGCAGAAUAUGUGGAAACUCUUGAAAAGAGAGACUUUCUGAACUGUCAGGGGAGAAAGAUGCAUGAAGUUGGAAGCAAACAGAAGGGAAGCAAACAGAAGGGAAGGAAACUGCGGGUUCUCAAAAAUAAAGCACAAUGCGCCUUAUGGUUUAUGAAGAGCUUCAGCCUUGAAAUGAGUCAAAUUAAACUAAAAGAUGAGGAUGGUAGUAAUUACUCGUUUGACUAUGCUGCAGACCAUGGUGCUUCCUCAAAUUUAUGUCAAAAUGAUAUAAAAGAAAGGGUUGAACAAAUUCUCUUCCUUUUGGACAAAUUCUGUGUUGGCGAUGCAGUCUAUCAUGAAUUUACUAGUUUAUCAGAUGAUUUACCAAAAUCAUAUCUAGUGAAACAAAUGAGAGGGAAUAUGAACAAAACCUACCAUAUUGAAAGGACUCGGGGAUAUCCUGGUGCUAGGCUUAAUUUUACCUCCACUCUGAGAGACCAUGUACAAGAACUAUUGACUCAGCAACCUGGUCUAAUUGAUAGUGUUUUACAAGUUAAGUUGAGUGGUGGUGGUGCUUGCAUAACCCGGUCGACCAAUUUUAUGAUGUUUUCUUUUGCACUUUUGCAACAAAAUAAUGUUAUGUUAAAGAGGAUUAUGAAACACUUAAGACUGCACUUCCUGAUUUUUUUGAUGAGGUUUAAAGAGGAUUAUGAAACACUUAAGACUGCACUUCCUGAUUUUUUUGAUGAGGUAAACUCCCUUAUUGAAAAAGGGACCCUACUUGUUGAUGGGAAGGAAGUCAAGUUGGAAUUUUUCCUGGGUGGAGACUACAUAUUUUUGUUGAUGGUUAUGAGCCUGAAUUCAGCAAAUGCUGACUAUGCAUGUUUGUGGUGUGAAAUCCACAAAAAUCUUAGAUGGGACACAAGCAAAGAUUUACUUUUUUAUAAUACGGCACCCCUUAAAAGAACCCUGGAAAAUAUCAAAAAGCAAUGCAAAUGCAACAAGUCAACUUUGGCUGUAUUAACCCCCCUCUUGUUAAUAUAUCCUUGGAUCAUGUUGUGGCUGAUGAAUUAUAUCUCCUAUUAGGGACCUUAAGCAAACAGGACGGCAACGCGACGACGACGGCUAUUCACACAAUGAUAUUCCUGAUCUCGUACAAAAGAAAUGAAUAAUUAAAUGCCCCACGGGAGUUACAGACGUUGUGUUAGGGCUUUUUAUAACUGCAAAACAGAGAUUUUCACGUCUCGUGUACAACGCAAACAUGUCAAGACGCGACAAGUGAAACUACAAAUUUGCUGAGCAGAAGCGUUUUUAACCAUAAAGCCUUUGUUUUAAUCUCUUCAAAUUGAACUCAAUUCAUAUAUACAUGCAUACAGUGGAUAAUACAUAACAACUCUUCUUCACAAUCAAUUAGCUGUCAUCGUCGCGUUGCCGUCGUACGUGCAGCUUAAGGUCCCUAUUAAGAGUGACUGACAGACUUCUUCAAAAUGUUAUCGAUGAAAUUUUGGAAAAGGAUAGUUUUGACGACUUCAACAAACCAAAGGGACAUCCGAAAGGAGCAAACUUAAAGAAAUUUGUUGAAGAUGUUAAUGAACUUGGUGUUACAUUUUCUGUGUGGUACAAAAAAAAUGGGGACGGCUCAAGUAGCAAUAUUUUACAUUACACAAGCCUUGUUGGGGCACAGAAAAAGCUACUUUUAAAAAAAUUGCCUUCCAAGUUACCAAAUUAUCUGAAUUCAAACACUGCUGCCACUGUUGUGAAAAUAUGGGAAGAUUUCAAACAAUACUAUGAUUUUAUAUCCGAUCCUAAUUUGACAAGUGAUAUGUCUAAUACUGCAUUUGAAAAAGCAAAACAGUGGCUCGAAUUAUUCUGUUCAAUAAAAAAGGAUCGAACUGGGUAUGAAAAUCAAAGGGUUACUCCAUAUAUGCACAUCAUGUGUUACCACGUUCCAUUGUUUAUGCAAAAUCAUGGUUGCUUCAAAAAGUUCACUGGACAAGGUGUAGAGAAAAACAAUGAUGAUGCAAAGAGAAUUUUAUUUCAAAAAUCAAACAAAUGGGAUUCUGCCAAAGAUAUACUUUUUAUGGAGAGUAGACAGUGGGACCUAGGGGAACAUGAGAAAGAAAGGCAACUACAUUAA